CUCGGAGGCCAACUGUCACUCCGGUCCUCAGAAUUGGUCGUCCACCUACCCCUCCACUAGACUUUUCAAUGGCUACGUUUUCCAAAUCGAGCUUUAACUCCCUCGGGUACGCUCUCUUUCGUCCAUCAUAUCCAUCAUUACUGUUUGAGACGAUAUACAAAUACCAUGCCUCAUGCCCAGAAGCCCAUUGGUCUCGAGCCGUAGACCUUGGUUGCGGCACUGGACAAGCAACGCUCGAAUUAGCUAAGAAGUUUGAUCAUGUUGUCGGUAUAGACUCCUCUGUGGGCAUGAUUCAAACUGCCAAUGAGAACACAGGUGGCGACACUUUAACCUCAUCUUUGCGCAUCGGGGGCAGGAAUAUCGAAUAUAAGGCUGGGAGUGCGGAAGCGUUCCCGUUCAUCGGAAAUGAUUCGGUGGACUUGAUAACGGCAGCUCAGGCUGCGCAUUGGUUCAAAUAUGAAGACUUCUGGGCAGAAACAUCCCGAUCACUGCGCAAAGGAGGUUCAGUGGCACUGUGGUGUUACUCUGAGUUUCGAUUGAAAGGUCACCCUUCCUCGACGCCACUCAUUAGCGCCUAUGCAUCAGACCGGUCCCAACCCGUGGGGAAGUAUUUUGAGCAACCAGGCCGCGGGAUUCUAGAGAAUCACCUUCAGGCAAUUCGUUUCCCCACUUCGCCGGAAUGGGAUGCAUCGAGUGCGAAACGAAUCUAUUUCAUAGGGAAUCACUACCCAACUUCAACUUCCGUUCCCCUUCACGGAGGUCCAAAGGGCCUAAUCAGCCUUGACAAUGAAAAAGAUGAGGCAAGGGAGGUGAUACUGAAUAAGAGGGUUAGUUGGGACGGUCUAACACAUUAUCUCCACACCUGGAGCGCAUUGCAUGCGUAUUGGAACGAACACCCCGAGGAUAAGGGAAGAAGUGAUGGUGACAUCGUUACCAGAUUUGUGGGGAGCUUGAGAGACAUCCUCAAGCAGGAUUUGGGGAUGAUUCCAGCUGAGGUGGAGCUGGAGUGGCCCUUGGCACUCAUCAUGCUCAAGAAAGCCUCAUAGAUGGCUGAAACAGAAUAACCAGAGGCUUGUAUAUAAAACAUCUAGUAGGACCUCAAUACAAAACGCCAAAGGCCGAG